AUGACUUCGCACUACUCUCGUCUGGAUCGGCAGGAUUCGAGCAGAGAGCUUUUGGGAGAUGGAGCAAUUAACUCGGCAGAUGGCACCCCUAGUAUUCCGUUGAGGAGUAUGGAAGGUCACGCUCUUGAAGAUUGGGCCCGGCCGGGGUAUAGCGACGACUCACUCAACGAUCGUCUGAAGCCCGGAAAUGAUUCGGAAGAUUACCUAAAUGCUCGGCCAGGUGUGACAGGCCAGACCUACAGAACAAACUCUGGAUUCAGCAUCCCGUCGGUCGCGUCAUCGCCCUGGGAACACAAACUCAACGAGAAACACCUCCGGGAUGUACCGACAAACACCGACACUGUCAGAUACUUUGAUCCUCGCCGGCAGACACGCAGAGUCUUCAUCGAUUGCUUGCUGAUGUGGUGUUGGACGGCUGGAAUCUGUGGCGCCCUUGCAGGCACCAUGUAUGGCUUUUCCACCAUCCAGACUGGCCUCUCCCACCGGCAAAAGUACGUCUAUAACGCCAUGAUCACUGGGCUGUCGAUUGUGCUCGGCCUGAGUUUUGCCGCUCAGUUCAAGCAGUUCGCCGAAAUGAUGCGAUGGAGAUUUCUUGCCUCGCAGUAUCGAAGCCUCCAAGACUUCGAGGACGUGCUCGGAUGCGACAGUUACCGGAGCACCUUGCGCAUAAUGUGGUCAGGGCGGCGCACAGGCACGUGGUACCCGAGCAAAGCUCAAGUGGUUGCUGCCGUUUGGCUACUUAUCUUUGUGGUGUUCAACACUUUCGCUGCGCUUCUCGGGUUGACGUAUUCCAUCGAUGUGUCGGACGAUUUUGUAUCCGUUAACAACGGCAUUGUCAACGUGGCCAACCUUCAAUACAUUGCCAGCCAACCGCAACCCAACAACGGGCAGGGCUACGAUUUCGAGUUCCAGAAAGCCGCCGCGAAUCUCUGGGGCCAAGUCGGUCAGAACUUCCCAGUAGUCACGACCACGCUCGACGGCGGCUAUGACCAACCGGGACCCUUUGUCUUCACGACCGCGGCGAGGGAUAUGUGGUGGUACCGCUUCGUGGACCUGGGACCCGACCUGAAGACAGCAAUCACUUCUACAAGGACCGUGACCAGUCAAGCGCACUGCGAAGAGUACAAGGUCCUGUUCGGCGGAUAUGCCGGGUUCAACACCGACAACGCGACCUUGACUUAUUUCCUCGAGUGGGAGGACAACCAGGGCAACAAAUUCGGCGACAUCGUGACAAACGUGGCGACCGCGUUUACGACCUGGAUGGGGAAUUCCAGCAGCAAGGACGUGGGCUGUGGGCCGCGAUGCAGCCGGAUCCUGGCGCUCCAGUCGGCCGACAACCACACGGUGCCUCACCCUCGCAUGUGGUCGUGCAACAACACGGUCGGGCAAGUGCAGGGCAUCGCCGACGGCGGCUUCAGCGAUCCCGACGCGCUCACCCUGCCCGACGACCAGGCCUUCUACCUCGCGGGUUCGAUCGGCUGGACGGGACUGGAGACGGAGAGCGACGACCUCCAGUACUUCCUCUUCGACGGAGACACGCCCUUCAACCCGCCGGGCAACGCCACGGCCGAGACCAUGGCCGAGCUGGUGAUGAAGUUCACCGUGGGCGCCCUGUCGGCGCUGGACAACAUGAACGGACCCACCAAGAACCUCACGGGCGCCGCGUCCCCGAGUCCCGCGCAGGUCGUCAACGUGAAAUGGGCCGACGCCGGCGCCAUCCUGGCGGGGAUCCCCUUUGUGCAGUUCCUCCUGCUCGUCGGCGUCGUCUGGUUCUCCGACAAGGCCAUCAUCCUCGAGCCCAGCUUCAUGACCGUCGCCCACCUGCUGUUCCCGGUCAUCAGGAAGGUCGGCCAGGACGGCUGCCUGCUCACCGUCGACGAGAUGGCCGACCGCCUCGGCCACGCCUACAAGAUCGCCUACGGCGUGCGUCCCCACCCCGCCGACCCGGGCCACCAUGACACCACCUUCGUGCGUGAUCUCGAUGUCAUCGAGGAGUCCGAGGGCUACGGCUAUAUCCGUGGCCGCUUCCCCGAGGGGAGAUAUGACUGA